CUUUUAUAAGUUCACGAGUACAGUUUAACUAUCGAGAGUUGAAAAACAAUAGAUUUAAACUUGCGCACAGAGCCAGCGCGAUACGCGUAAUUAGGCACUUUGUGUAUGUCGUUAAUUAACGUAACGGAUUAUUAACUUGGCGAGUUUAUACUACUAACGCUUUAUGGUGGUACUAAACCUUUAAUAGAGAUAGUGUUCAUUGAAUGUACGAAUGCAGUAGUGUACGGCCUUUUUAAUGUAACCGUUUGUAUUAUGGAUAAACUUUUAUUUCUUAAACGUUUACCAAAAGUGUUUGGAAGGUUUCUCGUAAAAUAAUGGCGUUAUGUACACACACGGCGCGCACAUGUCUGACUUUACGAAAGAAGGGAACACAUCAUACUACUCAUGAACAGGUUGUUCCCAGACACCUACAGUUUUUGUUUUACAAGGAUAACAGGCCCUGUUAUAAAUGUAUUUCUCGCGGCUGUAUACAGGACGGGGAGAAUAUGUGCGCCCUUUGCCAGGAGUACAUGUGUAUCAGCUGUACCAUGGAGCACAGCAAGGAGUGCGAGCACAGGGAGCGACGAGUAGCCGCCUGUACGCCCCGGAUCACCAAACAUGUCGCCUACAUGGAGCGACAGACGCGGAACAGAGACGCCCCGAGGGUUGCGACACUUGACAUGCCAGAGCAUUACUCUCCUAAUCAAACAGCUGAAGGGAAACCCGAACGAUACAGUAGUCUAUUGUUAAAUGGUUAUCAGAAUGGAGGUAAUAAGUCUAAGAAAAAAACGCAAAACCUUUCCUCAACUUCAUCUUGUAGUAGCGAAAAGCCGCACUUCUCCGGAAAUAACGUAACAGUGCGCGUUGGAAAGUCAGCAACCAGCAAACAGACCUCAUUUUGCAUGGCGUGUAGUGCUCAUGUCCAUAUGAACAUAGAGAAUUACUGCAAACUGCACGACGCUCUGUGCUGUGAGGAAUGCCUUCAUUGCGGUCACGACAGCUGCACCGUGCAGCCCAUCGACGAGGUAGCGCAUGGUAUCAAGGACAAUACACACAUGAAAGACGUCAUGCGCCAGAUAGCGAAGAUACAGAAUGACUGCAUGAUGUUUGUGGACAGGAACGAGCAGCUACUUGACGCCCUGGAUGGCCUGGACCUACAACAGAUGCGAAAAACUCAUCAUAGCGUGCGCAUGGGCGAUAUCAGAUAUGUCGCCAAAAGAUUUGUCACAUCCGGUAAAUUUUUGGAAACAAAUGUUGGACUAAAGCUCCAGGAUCUUGAGCAUGCAAUGCGACAAGGAAACGACAUCGAGAUAUUUGUGCUUUUAAAACGGAAUCAACAAUUAAUUGUAGAUUCGAUGAAUAAAUUACACACUUUUGAAAAUGAGGAAAAACAAAUGCUAACUGCUAAUGAUGCUUUAUUAAAGCUGCUACCAGAUCAAUGUGUAGCAGUUGAAAAAGAAAAGGCGGAUUCAACAAUAAUUAACAAUAGGAAAAAUGAAACUGCGACAGAAACUGUAGACAAUUCUGUUGACAAGAGCGGUAAUAAAGACGAGAUUAAUGAUGAUUCAGACUGUGAACAAAGCAGCGAACAGAAUGUUGUCAGAACGAGGAACCGGGAGACUAGACCUGUGGCCAACAUCUCUGGACGAUCUGUCUCGUUUAAGAAUGACUCCAGAGCAGCAUCGAGGGCGAGUGGAAAUGACAGGAUUCUUAAGUACGGCCUGGUUACAGAGUUCUAUUUAGAGGAUAUGCGCGGGACAGAGGCCCUUGACGUGGUGAGACUGCAGUCAGCGCCUCCGGAGCGGCUCUUAGCGGCCGAUGCAGUGGAUCAAAACAGCCGACCUAGAAGUAUGCAUACAGUGAGCCACGACCACGUAACCGGUGGGGAAAUAGGGAAGCCUGAACGUUCGGUGAACAUUCCACAGCAACUGAACCGAAAGGAUAUGUUAAAAAGCAAAUUGCAUAUGCUUCAAGCUUCACGUAAUAGUAUCACAGCAGUAAAUACUAAACUGACAAACCCUCGUGUGCAAGAAAAGAAAACGGUCAAUGAAAAGAAAAAACCGGUGAACGAAACAUACAAGACGGCUUUAAGUUCAUCAGGUUUCCAUGAAAGGCCAUGUAGACUAUUCAAGUCGCCGGUUACACUCGAAAGGGAAAUGAAUGAUGCGACGCCUCUAAUAAUGAAAGAAUCUUCGUUCAUUAAAGCUCACUCAUUUGACCGCGAGCCGAGCAUGGUCGAUGACAAGAGCAGAUACAAUCGGCAAAACUACGCCAGCAGACCGCGAUCCAAGUUGUUACUGACAGAGGAGCAGAUUGUGCGUCUGCCAGAUGAAGAAAUGACAUGCGACAUUAAUGGAAUAGCAUGCAUGCCCGACGGAAAGUUGAUUGUUUCGGACUUCAACAACAAAUCUAUCAAGAUGUUCCGAACGUGCUGUAGAAACCCAACGCGACUGUCGCUUACUGAUCCACCAAGAGGCGUUACUUCUAUUUCCAACACUCAUAUAGCAGCAAUAGUAGGGCUAGCGCAUGACCGCCUGUUUAUAAUAAAUGUUGGAGUCGAUCUCAAAGUUCACCAGAGGUUCAAAAUAGGAUGCAUGUGCAAGGCCAUCACAAAUUUCAAUUCACACAUAUACCUUCUUUGUAUGUAUAACUUCCAAGGGGAGAUCAGAAUAGUCAGUACGGACGGAGUGGUGAACAUUCGUAUCAGCCUGGGGCACAUCAUUACCGCGCCUAUGUUCAUCGCCGUUAAUCCGUUCAACGGGAUCGUGUACGUCACGGACGCCACGCGCGGCGUGCACGCAGUCGAGACUGGCAAGACGGUGACGCGAGCAUUCGACCUGAACGUGGAACAUUACCAUGGCGUCGCCGUCGACAUCAACAACACUGUCUACGUGUGUACUGAGAACGCUAGCGGGGUGCAGGAGGUCAGCUACAACUGGAAACAUCUGAUGCCUGUUUUGCUGGGUUACGACGGCGAGGGUCCCAAAGUGGUCUGCUACAGCGCCGCCUCCAACAGCCUCCUCAUGUCCGCGCACUGCUCCGAGACCGUCCAGAUAUAUAAAAUACUCGACCAGCUCACUGUCAGCGAGAAAUAGCACGUGCCAUGUGUGGUCAUAUAGUACGUGACAUGUGUGGUCGAAUAUCACGUGAAAUGUGUGGUCAUAUAGCAGAUGACAUGUGUGGUCGAAUAUAGCACGUGACAUGUGUGGUCGUUCAGCACGUGACAUGUGUGGUCUUAAACAAAUCUAGAAGUCGCAUAUCAGUCAUAUUUCGCCAAAACGUAUACGUGAAUGGGAUAUUCCUACGUACAACUCGUACUUAUGCUUGCCCAUAGUUUGUUGAGCCAUGCGUCGAUAUGAUGAAUAUUAUUAUAGUAGUAACAUUAUUUAUUGCAAUUUCAACAAUCGAAUCAAUCAACAACGGACUGCGUCGAAACUGACCCUGUUUUGAACGCGAACGAUUUUUACAGUAGGAACUGUCGGAGCAGUUUUUACCAAUGAAAAACAUUUGAAGUCGAUAACAGAAUUCGUUUGAUGACGUUCUUAAUGCUAAGUGACGAAGAUAUUUAUAUAAAGUAUUGAAAUCAAUAGCAUACUUUGCAGUGGCUUUAAAAUUAAAAAUGCAUUCGAAGUGAGUUUUAUGUUGAUUGUUGGUUGUCAUGGGGCAAAUAGAUAAUUGAUAUAUCAGGUGAAAGCAUAAACACAUGUUUGCAAUUAAUAAGUGAUUAAAUAUAAUUUGCUGCUUGUCUUGAAUUUUCCGAAGUAAACGAAUGUCCGA